AUGGCCGCCUCCAAGACCAUCGAAGUCCCCCACCUCGGGGGCAUCAAGGUCGGCUACGCCCUGUCUGGCGACCGCUACGAUGCCUCGAAGCCGACCUGCGUCCUGAUCAACUCCAUGUGCACGACCGUCUCGCUGUACCGCGAGCAGUUCAACGACCCCAACCUCACAAAUGCUCUGAACCUCCUCGCCAUCGAGCCGUUGGGCCACGGCGCCACGAGCUCGGUCUCCGAGCAGUUCACCUACUGGGAUUCGGCCAUCAUGGCGUUGCAGGUCAUGGACAAGCUGGGCAUCCAGAAGGCCUUUGCCCUGGGAACCAGCCAAGGUGGAUGGAUCAUCGUCCGCAUGGCUCUGCUGGCGCCGGACCGGAUCCUCGGUCUUCUGCCCCUGGGAACGUCCAUGGACAGCGAAUCGCCCGAGUCGCGUGCCAAAGGCUGCUGGGAUCCCGCGCCGAUCAUCAAGCCCUUCAUCGAGAAAUGGACCAGCGCGACCCCCACGCCCGACUUUGUCAUCGACGACGUCUGGCAGGGAAUGGUGGCUAGUCUCGGUUUCAGCGGCGCGGUGUCUGCCGAGACGGUUGAGUUCUGGAAGGCCACUGUCCGGGACGUCUACAAGGGCGACGAGGGCCGGAAGAAAGUCCGCAUGGCGGCGAUCAACCUGCUGGAGAGAGAUGGACUGUUGCUCCGGUUGGGCGACAUCAAGUGUCCUGUGUACUGGUUGCAGGUGAGAAAGUCGUUCCUCUAUCACUCAAUCAGGAAGCUUGUCGCCAACAAUGAACAGGGAACCGAAGACGCUCCUUACGGCCUGACCUACCCGCCUGAGCAGAUCAAGCUAUUCACCUCUUCCAAGGAAACCAAAUUCAUCACCGUCCAGGGCGGUGCGCACUACCUGAAUGCCACCAGCCCGAAGGAAGUCGCGGACGCGCUUCUGGAGAUGGUCACUAAUAGGCAUGAAGAAGUGGACCUAGGUGGCCAGAACAAUGCUGAGCCGAUCAUCGAUCGAGGUUUAUUCAUUUCGAUCGAGGGUGGAGAAUAUUACGUUCGUAUUCAUACGUAUAACCUGGACGUUCGCGCAGAAAUACCCGUAUGGGACAUGAAAUGGAACAGCGGAGGAGUAAUAAUACUUACUUACCUAGAUAAAUAG